CAUCGCCAUGAACAGCGACGGCUACGUGUACACCUCCGAACACUUCACUCCGGAGUGCAAGUUCAAGGAGAGUGUGUUCGAGAACUACUACGUGACGUACUCCUCGAUCCUGUACCGGCAGAGCCAGUCCGGGCGGGCCUGGUACAUCGGGAUCAACCGCGACGGGCAGGUCAUGAAGGGCAACAGGGUCAAAAAGACCAAAGGGGCGGCACACUUCCUGCCCAAAUUCAUCGAGGUGGCCAUGUACAAGGAGCCCUCGCUGCACAACAUCGCCGGGCAGAGCCCGCCCAGGAAAACAGCCAAGGCCUCCGACUCGCCCGUGCCGCAGAACGUCAAGAAAGACCGGAAAGAUCUAAAACCGGAUGCUUCCUAGCCCAC